UAUCUCAGUAUCUUCACGUAAACGUGACCUCGUUCCGAUUCCGAAUUCAAUAUUAGGUACAUUAUGACAAAGUACCACGCAUAAAAUUGGACGAAGAUUAUAAGUGCCGUAUUAUUUGCCAGCGGUGAGAUAUUCCACAGGUGAAACAUGAUGAAAUCCGAUAGCAAUGGGGCAGCUAUGGAGGACGUUGAGAGCCGGGAAGCAAUCGUCAAUUCGAAUAUCGAAGAGUUUAUGAUGCUGAGAAAGUCGGUGGAAAAUUCGAACGAAAAAGUGGAACACUGGACAAAUCAAACGUCGAAGUUGCUCGAGAGUAAUAGCAAUAUUGAUACGGCUUACGAAAAAUUAAUGAUGAAAGUGUCCGACAUUGACGAACAGAUGUCGGAAACUAUGAGAAUUCGCAGCAUUAAGAAGCAAGAGUUGGAAGAUCUCCAAAAAGCAAGAGAGGGCUUGUCGCAUAAAAAAUGGGGUGAAUGUCUAUCAGAAGUAGGAAACUACGCCGAUAAUUUUUGUCGAUGGAUAACGGAAUAUUCCAACGACGUUUUAAUGAAAGAUAUCAAAGAUUACCACGAAGAAUGCAACAAAGUUAGUAACGACCUUGCAAUUUUAAAACAAGAAGUAAAUGAUAUGCAAGGAAAACAUGACGCGGAUAAUGUUGAAGCUAAUAUGGAUUUAUCGAAUCUCGAUACCAUAAUAUCUGAUCUCAGGCGCGGUAAUAAUAAUCUGACGCACACCGUUAGAUCGACGGAGAAUUCGUUGAAGAAGAUACAGAACAAGAUAAAAAAGUGCAAAGUCAUACUUAACGGAUAUAAGGAGAAAGAGGAUACCGAUAUUCUCUAA